AUGGUUGAUGCUUUGGUGAAGGCCAAACUUGCGAAGCGCAUUGAGCAGGCUGGACUUCGGCAUUUGUCCUACCACGACAAGCGGCGAAACUUUGAGGCUGAUUUGGAGAGACUCGCCACUUAUCCUGAGCAGAUCCUGGUGAUCAACAUGAACUACCGGAUGAUCCGCUCGUUGUUUGAGGCUGUGGCGCUGCACGAGGCAGUGCAUCGAUUCGGUCUGCCGGAGAAAGCGCCGCCUUUCCUGGCCGCGGAGAUCUUUGAUGCGCUCUUUGCGCCGACCCAGCUCUUGCGGCAGGAGCUGCACGUGCUGCGACAAGAGCUGGACGUGCCUAGGGGUACCAACUUUAUUGCGAUCCAUCUUCGUACUGGUCAGAUUGCCUACGAUCCAAGUCGCCAUGGGGCUGACGAGCUGGAGGUUUUCCUGGCAUGUGCGCGGAGAGCUGAAAAGGAUGUGGGCGAAGCGCUGUGGCUCUUGGCCACAGACUCGGAGAACUUGGCGCAGCAAGCACUGGAGCUGCCGGAGGCGAAGUCGGGCAAGUUGCGCUUGCCACAUGCACGAGGACGAGUGCAUAUUGAUCGUUCGGAUCUGGGAGAAACGCUUAAUGGUGCCACUGCGAACUACGCCGAAUGGCUCCUCUUUGGGCAAGCAGCAGCAGUGAUCCUCUCUCGAAGUUACUUCGGGGAAACGGCCGCAGAGAUUGGUCGUGUGCGUCACGCCUAUUUUGCGCCCGGCAACGGCUGCGUCCGGACCGACCUGAGCUCCUCGUGA